AUGACUGAACGAGCACCCGCCGCCGACGCACGCCUGCAGCAGGUUCUGGAACAUGUCAACACCACUUCUGAUAUCGGCGCCGUUGCAGCCGAGACAACUCCCUACAAUACGUUUACCAGCGCAGCAACUCUACCAGGAAGCAGGCUUUCUAGUGCUGCUACAUCAUCGAUUAAACACGGCAAGUCUGGGUCGUCGGAACAUGAGGCGGUCCCAUCGACAGCCGAGGUGACUACUCAAGGACACGUCCUGUACCGCAGUGCUGGUAUACAAACACUUCCACCAAGCAAUGCCGAUGGUUUCCGCAAGAUUUACGAUCGCGAGCCUACACACCAGGAGCUCGUCAGCAAAAUUGGAUCUGCAGCACUUGGUCGCUACAAGCCGGGACCAUCAGCGCACGACGUCGUUCAGAGCGCGCCAUUCCCCGCUCCAGACGUUUCCAAUAGGCGCGCAAACUAUGUCACCUCAUCGUUCCAGACCAAGGAUGUAGCGCAAUGCAAGAAGGAUCUUCUAAAAGCAAAGGUCAAGGCAUCGCUGUUAGUUAACAAACAGCGCGACGCAGCUCUAUCGGCAGGAUACAAGGUCUGGUCGGAAACAAGAGACGACUACAUCGUACACUCAGAGCAGCUCGACACCAGUGUUCAGUUUGAUCACCAAGGCAACGCGGCCAACGCGAAUGUUGACGGCCUUUCCCUACCCAACAUCUACGGCGAAGAGAUCGAGCCGCGCUCCACUAUCACCCAUCCCACGCAACUCUCGAAUAGCGGGACUCCAGAGACAGAGGCUGGGGUUGACGUGAAAGCAAGGGAGUACACCUUCAGCGCAGCUUCAAGUCUUACGCCGCCACCAACGCCACCCUCACUCAAACAACACGACGCCAGUGCCAAUGGGAGCACACCCCAGCACAUUCGUACUGUCAAAACCUGCAUACCGAGUGAGAAGUCCGAUCCACCGUCCAUUGAAGAUUACGGCUACGUUCAACUCGUCCCACAAGAAGCCAGAAAGCAAGAUGCGGACGGAGACAGUGGUCAGAAACAAAUGCAACGUAAGAGAAAGAGCUCAGAAGUAAGCGAGGAGGAAUCCACGGAGUGUCAAAAACAGAGACCGACCGUCAUUGAAAGCAAUGAGGGGACCGUCAUUGCGUUUGGCGGCGAGAAAUUUGCGGAUGAGUAUAUUGUCUACGACGCCACAAUGUCGAACAAUACGAACUCAGACACGUCAUCUCGAUCGCCUUCUAACAUAAGCAAGAAGAGAAAGUCUGUCGACCAAUGCGAGCCUGAAGUAACUACCAGACCGCCAAAACGCUUCAAGUCGUCAGCCACUCAUACCGAUCCUUCCCCUAUCGGAACGGAUACUAACACAGACCAUUUUGUACAUGACAAAGAUGGCAGUGUCGCGCGCAAUGACGCGACAAGUGCGAUGGAAUGCACUCAAUAUAACGAAGCUUCCGGGGUUGCAACACGGUACCGUGGUCGGUCUAUCUCUCCGAGUCGACCACGCGAAGGCCAACAUCACUCCGAAGAUAAUCGCCACUCGCGCAAUUCACGAAGAGAUCGGGAGUCCAGACGGCGAAGCCGAUCUCCAGGUGCACAACGCGAUGAGAAUGAUUAUAGUGCAAGAAGCAGCACCAGACAACCAUCUGAGAGCCCAUACCAAGAAGGCCGUCGACUCCACAUGACAGAGUCGCAGCCGCGCCAGACAGGCCCAACACAUGGUCUUGUGAAGUCCGACGCGAAAGAGCAGAAAGGAACGGAGAAGCAAGCACAACGCUCAAGUGACUUGGACGAGACAGUUCUUGAACGUAAGAAGGAAGACGACAGGCGAAUGGAGCGAGCGAAGCAGAUUACCGACGAAAAGCGAGAGAAGCAUCGUCAACAGGAAGAAACCGAGAUACAGCGGGCGAAGCAGAUCACCAGCGAAAGGGUGGCAAAGCGUCGUCAGCAGGAAGAAGCCGAGAUACAGCGAGCGCGUGAAGCAAAAAACGAACGGAGAUUGGAGAUUGAAGAGAAGAAGCGAGCUCAAGAGGAAGAGUAUCGUCACCAAGAGGAAGAGAGAGACAAACAACGACGUCGCCGCCGUCGCGAUGAUUCACAGGAGAGGAGUAGCAGCAAACGUGCGACAGUGGUGGAACCACCAGCGGAGCCAGCUGCGCCGGUCGACAGAUAUGCACUGGCACGAGAAGUUGAGGCACGACGCCGAGAAAAGAUGUUUGCAGCGCGUUCUACUGGGGAGAUGGACAGUCGAGCACAUGAACGGUCAGCUGCCACAAACAAGCGUGGCAGUAGAUUAGAAGUAGAGCCAAGGAAGCCAGAAAAGAAGGUGGAAGAUGACAAGGUAAGUAAGCCGAGAGCGAAGCCGAGACCGAGUCGGACUGCUCGCGGAGAGAUCGAGCGCUACGAUCCGAAGAAGAGGUUUGGACGUGGCGAAUAG